UCAGCCCUGCACAGCCUCGAACCCGCUGAGGCCCUGCCCUCAGCCCUGCACAGCCAUGAGCCUGCCGAGGUCCUGCCUUUGCCAGGCCCUAGCAGGUCAGCGGGCUUCCUGCCUCGUCACUUUUGGAUGGGGCUGGUCACCACAUCUGGCUGUGCUCCACUGCCUCUGAUGGGUGCAGUAGGACAAGUCCCAUGUGCUGUGCCAGCCAAGUCCCUCACGCAAUCACGCGUCCGUCCUGUGUCACUGCAGCCCAGGCUGAGGUGGAACUCAUCAUGGGGAAGAAGUGAGAGGCCCAGGGUGCCUGCCAUGCCACAAGGUCCUCUAAAGAUGGCUGAAUCAGAAUCUCAGGAAGGAAACUAUUAUAACAGGGGAAAGAUGGUGGAGAACUUUAAAACAGACAUGGAGGAACUUCUGGAGGAAAUGGAAAAACUAGCAGUGUGUGCAACCUGGAUGGCCUACGACUGCGUGGCCAUCCAGGCCAACCCAGACCUGUCCAGCGCCAUGCAGCACUUGGAAGAUAUCUGCCUGAUGUGCAAAGAGCAGAUGGAGAAGAAAUGGCAAGAGGUGCUACUGGAAUCUAGAGGUGAAGGGCAAAAAAAGGAAUAAAUUGAACUUGGUCAUGCUGCCAGAAUGACAUUCCUUGGAAAAUCACUUAGGUCCUUUUUUCUCCCAGCUGUGGAGGUUUCACAGGCACUGGGGGAAAUGGGCUUUCCUCUUGCUAAGAAUGACUUAUUUGUGAAUGUCUGUGGAAUUAUUUUAAUGAGAUUACACAUAUUGCUUCAUAUAGUUGAGGGUAAAGGGCAGCAGUGUGUGUAAUCCCUGUAGAGUUUGCACACACAAUUGACACAGCCUCUGUUCUUUUCCCUGGAAGAUCAUACUCCAUAGUCAGCAUAACUGGAAUUCUUAGAAACCUGAACAAACUGGGGGGAAUGGGCAGCAGGGGUGCUCUAGAAGACCAGCCUAGUGGCACUGCACUUUGCCUUUCAAAGAAAACUGAAAAAUUGCUUAUUUUCCCAAUUGAAACACAGGUUAAAUUCUAGAUCUGCAGAUAGAUUUAGAUGGUUUUAUUUAGUAUUAUCAUCUAGGUGUUCAAUUACAUAGUUCUAUUAUUUAGAUAGAUCUUCUAUCGUUGUUGCAUUUUCUUCCAUUAGGUUUUUAACCGUUUCUUUGAAAUUAUUUCCCCAGAAAGAUGGUUCUUUUCAAACCUUCUGAAAGUGGCAUGAAAUAUUUUUUUUUUUACCAUUAUAGACUGUAGUGAGUGUGGUAGCAUUGCUGCAGAAACCAAACUAACAAUGUUUUAAAACAUGCUUCAUUCCAUAUGUUCUUACUGUGAAAUAUUAGAAAAGGACAAAAAAAUUUCUUCUUUAGUCAGGAUGUGGAUUAAGAGCAGCACCUCGUGGUUUGUGGUUUUACAUAAAUGAGUAAUUGAUCAGAGAUGGAAUUCAGUGCAAUAAGUUUUAAGAAUUUUCUCUUUUAUUAAAAUCAGUCUCUUUUAACCAGAAAGUAACCACGAUACAGCAAAUGAGAGCACCUCCAUCACCUCUGAAGAGGUAAUGAUUUAAAUCACAUCUAAAUAAUGCCUGAAAGUUUACCAGUGUUUAGGCUGUGUAUUUCUUUGAGAUUGGUUGAUCUAAAUUCAGACAAAAUGCUUAUUCACUGAAGUAAAAAAUAUGUGGGCAAUUUAACUUCGGGUGUUUGGUUUUUUUUAAUACCAAGUAUUUCUAGAGAUACAAAUGGUAAGAACAAACUUUGAACACUACAUUUGAUUUUCCUGUGGGUAGGUCUUCCCUUCUCCCCAAGAUUCCUCUCGUAAUCGUCACAUAACUGCGAAGACAAAGUUGGGGCUAGGCAGCAGUGCUUAUUCCUAGAAAAACUAUACAGCAAGAUUACUUUUUUACUUUAUUUUUACUUUGCUAUUUUUAUCUUUUAUUAUUUACUGGGUUAUUACUCACCAUCUACCCUAUUUCAGCCCCCCUUGAGCCUGCAGCAGAAUCCAGAUAGCCCACAUUGCAACACCUUUAUUUCCUGUCACUGGGGUGCAUCCAUCAAUUUCCAGAAAAAGUUAAGUGGAGUAACAGCCCCAUCUAGUGCUCACAUAACUGUACCAGUAAACUGGAUUGCUGACAUCUCUUAACUCCCCAACACCCAUUUUCUGUGAUGAGAAGUGUCAGCAGUUGUGUGGGGUGUAACACUGCAAUGCUUUUACCAUCCAUGGCACAGCAAGACUUACUGAUCUUAGUUAUGCACUGCACCUGUUGGUAGGUCAAGAGGCUGAUGCCCAUAAGUAACCUAUCCAAGAGCUAUCAAGUGGAGCCAUAAAUACUCUCAAUAUUCUGUUUUAGAGUUUCCAUUAACGGCUUCUUACCAAGAAGCAGAUGAGACUUAUACAAAGCCUCCUGUAUAAUUCUGAUGGAAAUUGUUCUGGUUGAAACUGUGCCCUUCUUUCCAGUGUAAAACAACUGAAAGGGGGCUGAAAUGAGAACAUUUCACACUCAGGCAUCUCAGCCUUGUCAGAACAUGUCCUAGAGCUCUGUUUAGAAUAUUUAUUUCAUUUACUACUACUGCCUUCCAGUUCUUUAUUAUAGCCCCAAUUACCUCAGAAAGGCUCAAGAAUCUAUAUGAGCUGUUUUACCAUUUAGCAUAUUUGCAAAAUUUCAGUCGAUUCUUGCAAUUUUUCCUGAAAUUGAAUUUGUAGCAGAGAUUUAUUAUAUAUAAAUAUAUAUAUAAUUAUAUGUAAAUAUAUCUAUUUACACAUACUAUUAAAAUAAUUAUCUUUUUUCUGAACAAGAACUGUAUCACAUAGGCACUACUGGUAUGAAAAUGGCAGUGUAUAAUUGAUUAAUUCUGAGGACCUUUGUGGUCCUACUGAAGUCACCAUUUACAAGUCAAAACUUACAGCCAAACAUUGAAGAAUAAUGUAUUUUGACACUAGUCAGAAAAUAUAAUGAAGCUCUUUUCUAUCACAUUUUAAAACCUUAAGAUAUUAAUUACUCAUCUCAUCAGCUGGUGGUACUAAGUCAUGAAGAUCUAUUUUCUGCUCAGUGCAUCACUGUCCUGCUCUAGGACUCAAAAUUCAAUCAUAGCAGCCUUGCUCCAUUAUUGCAAACAGCACAAAAUAGAAAGUUUAAGCUACCACUUAUUUGACAUGGCCUCCAAAAUCUUCUCAUCCCCUUUACAUCUGCAGAAGGAUCCCACUGCCACUUGUCUCAUACAGAUGAUUUUCCCUACAGCUCUGAGGAUGUCAGAGCAUGGACUUUCUCUCUACAGAAUCACAGUGGUGCUGAAGGCUCAUUGGUUCUCCAAAAAGCCAAACCAGCAGAAAGGAGAAUGAUGUCUAAGGCCAUGGCUUUGAACUCAGAAUCUGCAAAGAGACUCUAAAAAUCCACAACAAGUAACAGAGUCGGACAUCCACAGCUGAUUUCACAGGCCUCACAGCAAACUAUGUAGCACAGGCUUUAUUUCCAGAGCUUUUUCCAACAGAAGGUGUUUCACUUCCAAGGCACUUGUUGCACCUAUGUAGUUCUCCCACAACAGCAGCACUGUCCAAGACAGAAGUACACCUAUCUCUCCAGGCUAUGAGUGCCUUGUAUUGCAAUUAUGUUGAAAUUAAACAAUCCACAAAGGAAGGCCUACAGAAUUGUCUUCUUCCUUUAUCUUCCUCAAAAGUUCACAAGCCACAGGGAAUGUUUUUGCAGCACAUUAGCUACACUGCAAAUUCAAAAUCCAUGGAGCUAAAUGUUUUUUUUAAGAAAUUAAACCAACACAAUACCAACUAAGCUCUCAUUUGAAAUUCUGCUUGAGGCAAAUAACCCAUGCCCUUAUUUACAGCAUAAGCACCAGCUGCCAAGAGAAAUGACCCUCAUUUCUGAGCACCAGGUUUAUAUUUUUUUUCUGGCAAAUUCAGCUAACAAGAGCAUAAGAGGCCUACUAAAGGAACAACUUAUAUACAGCCCAAGACAUCUAAGAUGUAAUUUUAGUAAGCGCUUUAAACUUCGGUACAGUUAAGCUUGCAUUUUCAUAACCAGGGAACUGAGGGAUGAAGUAGGUUAUGUCAGUCACUGGCUUCUGUUUUAUGCAAACAUUCUUACUAGAAGCAGGACAGAAAUAACAAAUAGAACUCAAUGAUAGGACAUUACUUGCAUCUCUCCCUCACUUUCUCCUUUUAUUAAAAAAAAAAAAAAAAAAAGAAAAAAA